AUGACGACGACGCACUUUUCGCGGUACGUGAUCGCCGCCGCCGUCUUUGUCGCAACGGUCGCAUCGUCGACCCCGUUGUUCUCGUCCCGGGAAUGGGCCGCAGUGGUCGAAGAAGUUACCGGACUUCCGGGAACCGCGAACGCGACGGCAACGACGAGUUUCCCGUUUCCGGUCGGUCAGCGUAAUGUUUCGGACGUUCGCCUUGGCAGUUCAACGACUGCGGCCGGAGUGGCGAAGAAGACGCCGCGCAUUCACGGCGGACGCGGCGUGAACGGCAAAAAAAACCGAAACAAACAUAAAAAAAAUAAGAAACAAAACCGCCGUAAUCGUAAUAAUAAGUUUGAUAAGCUGCGGAUCAGUAAGGUGCGUAUGACAUAUGAAGAGAUUAAGGAGAUAUAUCUCCCCCUCCCUCGAAUCGGCCAUUAUUUACACGGACAAUCUAUUUGUGAAUUCGAAUUUCUUUACAUUUUAUUCAGAAAAAUAAAAAUAAAUUGACGCAUCGGUAUUCAAUCAAAUAUCUAGUUUAUAAUGUUAAUUUAUCAACAAAUCUUGAACGUAUCAACACACUAUCUUGUUUAAAACGAAACCUACACCCGAACGACUAAAAUAUGGAGGAGAUUAGAUUGGUACUUAUAAAGUACGGUAAAUCAAUCAAUCUAAAACAACAGUUACUUUUCUAGGUAUGCCUAGGAUUGUGCAUUACUUACACAAAUGUAUGAAUUAAAAAUGGGUUCUUUAUUUAGUCUGUUGGGUACACGUUACACAGUGAUGUCGCACAAUUUUCAAAUUCAAUAUCUCCCUCCUUAGAAUAGUCCUAAAUACGCUACUGCAGUCUUAGAAUAUAAUAAUAUCGUUAUUAUUAGGGCCCGGAUUUGUAUGCAUUUGCGGGGUUUUUUAUUGAAGCCCAAAAAGUAGCUAGAUAAUAAGUUACAAGUUUGAAUUAUAGUCAAUAGUUUCAAAAUACAAAGUUAAAUUUGGCAUUUUUUUUUUAAAAAAACCUACCUACUUUUAAGUUUAAUAGUUUUUUUAUUUUUAAUUUAAUUAGUAUCCAGAUUCCUUAAGUCUAUAAGAUAUUCUAUUUUAAAAGUUGCAGACUUGCAACAGUCGACUUUUUGAACGCAUUUACCUCAAGGACAAACUUUGUUUUUCGAGGGAACAUCAUUUUAUCAUUUUAUAUUUUGUAAUCACGCAUAGUAUCUACCCUUGAUUCUCCAAUCAAUCCAUUUCAAUAAUAUAAUACAACGUGCAGUUUACGAUUAGAUAUAACCGAAUCACAAUCAAGUUCUACAUACUUUAUUGUAUUUAUAGGCGGCCACCAAUAUUGUUGAUACAAGCGAUGUACGUACAUUGCAGCCGAUGGUGGUCUCGUCGGAAGCGACAAAGGAAAUAACUGAAGAACGGUGUGUACUUGCCAAAAAACAGUUCGAGCAUACUAAAUUUAUGCAAUUAUUUUCUACUUAUGUGUUAUUAACGAUGCUUGUGAUUUUUGUUACGAUAUUAAUUGUGUUUGUUAUUAAAGAUUGCACUUGCAAUUAUCCAUAA